GUGGGGGCUGCGCGCGCCUUCCGCGUAACGCUAUCAGUAGUUUCCGCACCCUCGCGCCGCCGCAGUUGCUAAACACACCCGCUCUUGGUCGCACGUACUGUCACAUUGACACAUCUAGUCACUUUAAUUCCGCGCUCAAAUAAUGACACGCUCCUUUCAGUCUUAAUCGCAUGUACAUAAGUUCGAAUUUAUUUUACAAAGUUCUAGUGAAAGUGUUAAGUUAAGCUUGUAAAGCUUAAUAUCUUCUUCGUGGGCAAUCGAUUUUAAAGGCGCUCAAGCCCCGCCCGUCGUAAGCAUCACAUCUUAGUCCAGACAAAAUGUUCGCCGUGAUGCAAAUUGACGAGGACCACACACGGGAUUUCAGACGCAAACUGCGCCCAAAAUGCGAGUUCGUCUGCAAGUACUGCCAGCGUCGGUUCACCAAGUCCUACAACCUGAUGAUACACGAACGGACCCAUAAGAGUCCGGAGCUCUCCUUCAGCUGCGAAGUUUGCGGGAAGAGUUUCAAGCGACAGGACAAUCUGCGCCAGCACAGAUGUAGUCAAUGCUUGUGGCGGUGAAGGUGAUGGAAGCACGAUCCUACUACAGCGGUCUCUCUUACACAAAUAGAAGAAAUCCAUUACAACCCUAACAAGGAGACCAUGUACUUACGAUGGUGAUCGAAUACGUCACGAAGGCUUAUGACGUCAUCAGCGCCCGUUCCACCUGUGGGCUCCAACUUUACAUAACAGUAUUCGUGCUUCGUCAGUAACACCGCCAGAAUGGGAUAUUGCAAUGUUUUGGAUUUUAUUCUUUGUAAAUUUCGGCCUCCAUAACUCUUCUCUCGUAAAAAACUUUUUUGACUACAACUUUGUGAUAUUCUGACCAGUGGGGUCGCUCUUGUUUAUGUUUUUUUUUUAUUUAAUAUUAUUUUUUGUGAUACUUGAAAUUUUGUUUGAUUGAAAAAGAAAAUUGUAGUGUAAUGUUUUAAAUAACAUGGUUUCGUUAAUUCAAAAUUUUGUAAAUGUUAAAAAAAAUAACUAACGAGAGUGAUCCUACUGCAAAAAAAUACUUUUUUCAAAAUUCUAAAUUGGUAAACGUAAAAAAAAAAACAUUCUGGUGAUUUUGUAAAUAGUAUUUAUUAGGAUAAGUGAUGGUAGCAUUUACAGCUUAACUGCUUAGAUAUAUUUUAAUGUAAAAUAAUAUUUAUAUUAUAUUUAAAAAAAAUAUUGUUAUUACUUCCUAAUACGUAGAACGUAUGUCCAUGUGUUAUUUUAAAGUUAUUACAAAAUAUAAAUUAACUUUAAAAUAAUAUUACAGUUCUAAAAUCAAGACUUCUCAAUAUUUUUUUGCGGACAGUUGAUUAUUUGACAGGACGGUUCAUUCCGUAUAUGUUUUAUUUAUUUUUAAUUAAUUCUAGCUUAAGUAUAACAUUCCAUGUAUCGCUUAAAUUAAUGUAUAUUAUGAGGGUUGUUCCUAAUACCUAGAAAACGUAUGGGUAGUAAAGAAAUUUAUGUUGGAUUAAAAAUUAUUAAUUCAUGGUUUAUUUAUGAAGCGUUCAUAAAUAAAUAAACAAAAAAAUCCCAGUGAUUUUUUUAUUGUAAUAUCUUUAUUAAAAAUUGUAAUGUAAUUACAUACAGUUUUUAAGAAAUUAAUGCCUUUGCAAGUAAACCGUGAAUUAAAUAAUGGAAAUGAUGAUUGGAAUAUAUUUUUAAAUGUCAUUAUUAACGCUUUUUAUAUCCACGCACAUCAAAAUCGUUAAUUAAGACAGCGAUUAUGUUUAGUUAUAGUUUUUAAGUCUAUUUAACUUUGAUUUAGCGAUCUCAAUGUUUUUAUUUCCAUAAAAAACUAAAAAUUUUCACACACAUUCCAAUCAAAGUAUGUCCUAAAAAAUAGAUUUUUAAUGGAUAAAUUUAUUCAUUUUUUAUUGUAUAAUUGAGAUAAUUAAAUCGAUAAACUUAUGUAUCCCGGUUCACAGCUUUGCUGUAUUUCGACAUUAGCGCGAAGUAAAUGCAAAGUUUUUUUGAAAUUUUCUCUAUUUUAACGUUUGACAUAUUUUUUUAAAGCGCUGUCUUUAUACGCGAUAUAUAAAUACAUUAUAUAUUAACUGUCAUAAAAGACACCUAAUAAAAUUUUGCUUAAUUAAUUAUUGUGCUUUAAUAAAAUUUAAAAUGUAUCUAGAUUUGGUUAAUAGAUAUUCCAUGUGCCAAUAAAGAUAGAGUAACAGCUCUGUCAUUAGCCAUAUUUUUGAUAUAGAUUUAGAUGUAAAAAUAUAACAUUUUUGAGUAUUUUUUUAUAUAUGUAUGUAUUCCAUUACAUUGUGUAGAUCAAUGGUAAUAAAUGAUUGAUUAAUUAGAAA